AUGCAACAAUAUGAUGCACGAGGGCAUCAAGUCAAUCCCGAGUCCAAAGCUCUGGGCCGAGAGCUUCGUAGGGCAAAAAAUGACAUCCUCUCUACCAUGGGAAUCGUUGUCAGUGGCGAGGAUCGGAAUGCCAACACAUCUAAUGAAGAGCAGAGGAUGAACCAAAUCGCAACUGAGAAUGAUUUCGGCUUGGUAAUAACUACUCUGGAUCAGCUAUUCGUAUUUUUCAGCACCUGGUGGUCAUCCUCCCUUACAGGACGGAUUCUGACAUUCAAGCACUAUGCCCACGCACCAUUACUGGAUGUAAUACGCUCCGAGCGUGAAACCACGGGAAUUCUUGGGUUUUAUUGUGCUGGUAUUCCUGGGUGGGCAAUAUCUAGCACAUUAGCAAUUGCUCGUGAAAACCCCCUGAGGCGCUUUCUUCUCACAAUCCGGGACUAUGUCUUGGGCUUCACCGACAGUGGUGGCCUGACAUUAAGCAUUCGUGCCUUCUUUGCUAUCGGAUACCACGUGACAAAGCAUUCAGUUCUCGUCUUGUCCCUCGAGGCAUACAUGUAUUCGGUACUCCAAACACUCUCACUCGUACCCUCGAAUUCUAUCCCCAGCCUUCGAAUGUUGGUCCCCUUUGGCGAGGCUUCUUUAUUCCGACUUCCGCCUCUCCCUGCGGACUUUUCCAUCCCAUCCAUUGGGGGCUUUGUGAUGCAACUUUUGACAUCCCCUGGAGUCUUGACAUUUGUUUACGCAUUCUAUCUGCGCCCAGAGUUAGAGGAGCGCAUUUAUAGACUGAUCCGACGCCAAAUUCCCAAACCUACCGUCGCAGAUGAGCUUUCGAUUCGAGUUGCCUAUGAAGAAAAUCUCCUUGAAUGGGUCGCACCGACCUUGGGACGCAGAGCGGAAGAAGAAACUCGCCGUGCGAAACUUUCAUUAGCGCAAGAUAUCAAACAAGAGCUUGUCGCUUUGGGAGGUUGGGUAUUCUCUCUAUUUGGGCUUUUGUCCAGUAAGACCUCCUCGGAUCAACUCCGAAUCGAUGGCCAAGAUCGUGAGAGCAUUGAGAACAACCUCAGACAAUCCAUUGAGUCAUUACAACAAGAACUUGAAGAAGUUCAGCUUCGUACUAACCUCGCUGGAAUCGAGGCUCGUGAUGUUUUAGCUAGACCUUUGGAGACCAUCGCUCGUGGUGAUGCCGACAUUGCGUCGUCGGAUUCGCUGCCCGUUGCGUUUUCAAGUCAAAUACCUGAAAUCGAGCUGGGCCCAGAUAUGAACCAAGUGCUCACAAAUGAAAACCGCAUGUCUCAAUCUCCCGGUGAGAUGAGCAAUGAUUUCUUUUCAGAAAUAGCUACCGUUGGACGAACAAGUGCACCCUCAAAUGCCUCACGUUCACAGAGCCAAGCAAGCCAUGUCCAACAAGGUGAGCCCUCAGCAAGACCUCGUCAGAACUCGCGCUCCAACACCCUAUUCUCCCGACCAUCGUCCCCAGAAACAUCGCCACCUACCUCACCUCGCGUUAGAGCUUCUUUAAUUCAUCAGAGUUCCGACAUCAUCACAAUGCAGCUGGAACUUUUGGGUAACCGCAAUCGCAAUCCUCAAGCCGAGACGACGGCCCAGCGGAAUCCUCCUUUCUUUGGUCGUAAUAAUCCAGCAACUGCCAUGGACCGCAGGUCUAUAGCCGAUUUCCUCGAGGCGUUGAUCCUGAGCCAAGCACAGCAGCAAGCUACGCAGCAAUUGCCACUAGCUGAAAACGAUGAUGUAUCAGGGGUCACUGCCGGAGCCAACUUUGCUACAGGUCAGGACAUCCCUGCCGAGGAAAGCCAGCCCCCAAAUAUUGUGCAAGAGGCCAUGGCUGAUCACCAUGUGGACCCUGCACCCACUGAAGAAGCCCCAGCUUCCACCAUGCCAAGCAUUCUCCCAGACGGCGUCGAAGAGCCUAAUGAUGAAGAACACGUGAGCUUCCAACCAUUGGAGACAGGCGAAAUUGGCGACAUUCCUCCCGGUUCUGGCCUCCAACCCAUGUCGCAUGUACCCGGUGUACCCGUCAUUUCCCACAGAGUGACGCUCCUAUCCGCUCACCCAGUUGACUCUCUUGCAUCACAUCUCGCGGCAAUCAUAAGCAACAUCAUCCUGUCGCCGAUCGAAUCACUUUAUGUCCGCUCUCUGGCUCACUCAUAUCUUGCUCUGCACCCUUCUUCUACGGUUCAAGUCUCGGACCUACACCCUAUAGGUCUGUGGGGUGGCGGACGGACCUGGUCUGAUGCCUUUGCUUACUGUGGUAGGCUAGUUCUUAUGAGAGGUAUGCAGGCUGCGCUAAGAGCAGGUGUGUGGGGCUUCCUAGUCGGUUCGACAAUGCGUAUCGGGCGGAAGUUUUGUGGAUGGGGGACUCUAUAA